AUGACACGCGUCAGAGACUCCGCCAGCGCCGAGGAGCCUGUCGGGCGCUGCAGACGUCCCGACGCGGCGAGUUGCUACCGCGCGCGGCCCCCAAACCUGCGCGUCCGUGCAGACUCUGCGCGUUAUAGGGCGCCUCCGGGGGGCCUCGACAAAGACUCUUCCCCUUGCCCUGCGUCCCUUCAGCCGUCGUCGGCCGCCAGCCGCUCUCGCGAGGGCAGGACCCACGAGCCUCGCGCCCUGAAGAUGCCUUGCCGAAAUAGACGGAAGCGCUGGAAGCAGCCGACCGCGGUUCGCGGACACCAGCGCGCGUCGCAGGGGCUCGCUCGGCUGCGUCGUCGCCUUGGUCUCCUCUUCUUUGCGUCGCUUGCAUCAGCCGUUCAACUCUCCCUUCCUGACGCUCGCCUCAGGUCUGCUUCCUCUCCUGGCUGCUGGGCUUCUCUUUCGGCCGUCUCUCCGUCUCUUCAGGCCGACGCCCUGGUCGCGGGUCCAGGAUCCGCUGCACGGGCCUGGAUGGAGACGUCCUCGCCGCUGACAUUCUCGCUGCGGGCGGCAGCGAAUGUGCCCAGGCGCGCCUCCCCCGGCGGUCGUUACUCUCCUCCCGAUUUGACUUUUGGGGACGCGGCCUGGGCUCGUGAAGCUGCGGUGCCGCCGCCUCAGGUGAGGCAGAGUUUUCCGCACCUCUCGCGGGCUUCGGCGUCCUUGUGUCUGCGGUCUUCACGCUCUGACAGGCGCGCGCCGGCUCCUUUGGCUUUUCUGAGGUCUGCAAGUAAAGAUUCGAGUGCAGGAUUCUUCCUCUCAGGCGGCCGCCGUUCGUGGUGUUCAUUUAGGGCGCAUCGAGCGUCAGGCGCCGGAACACCUGCGUCGCCUCCUGCCUUUCUCAACUCUGCCGCCUCGCAGGCGGCAGCUGCCUUUGUUUCAUCACCCCUGGACUUUUCAGCGCGCGCAAAGGCGCCUUGGCUUGCGGGUUCUACCCAGCGCCAUCUGGCGUCUUCUGCGGCCCUGGGAUCGCCUUCCGUGACGGCGCGUCCUCCAGGAGCGUGUUCGCCUCUUUAUUCUCGCUCUUCUUCUGCGCUACCUGCCUCCGCCAUCAGCCUGCGUUCGUCUUUGCUGCCGUCCGCCCUCUGCGCGAGGGCGCCAGCGUUGCUGUCUUCCGCUGUCUCCCAGUCUGGCUUUCCAGCACCAUCCUCCGCUGUUUUUUCGCCAGUUUCUUCGUCUUCGACUCCUUUGUCUGCGUUUAUGCCUUCCUCUUCCUGCCGUUCUGCGUUGUCUCUUCCUGCAUCGCCGUCGUCUGCGGCCUCCGCUUCUGAGCCUGGCGGUGCGCCGGCGUGGCUUCCGUACGGCCUCCCGGAGCGCCUGCCUGAAACCCUGGCGGCGAGCACGAGUGCAGAGGCCCUCCAACAGGCGAAGCUGCAUCUACAGCGGCUGGCACGGUCAGGCGGCUUGGCUCCUUCGUUGGGUAGGACUGCAAGCGGCGGCGAGUACACGCCGACGGAGGAACGGCCGCCCUCGAAUCCUUUCCUGUCUGAACAGCACCAGUUGAUCUUCGCGAAUCUCGCAGAUAUCUACGCGAGAGAGGCUGCGAAAUCCGGGCAGCUCACUGCCCAAGAAUACGUCGACAUCCUCGCGAGCGUCUGGCAGCUCGCGCAGAAGUACGCGGACUACUCGUUCGCGCCAUUCCACGCUGCGCUCCGGGAGCCCUUCAACUUCUCGGAGUGGUCGCAGCGUCUCUGGCGGCCCCUGGUCUCGCUGCCGGCGAGCCAGAUCGUGGUGCCGCGCCCGUCCGCGGCGCUGGCCUUCGCGACGCCACUCGGGCAAGUCAAUGAGCGCCUCGCGGUCGGCGACAACGUCGUCUUCCUCUCCAAUCACCAGACGGAGCCCGACCCGCAGGUCAUCAAGCUUGUCUUUGACCAGCUGGGCGAAGCGCAGCUCGCCGAAAAAAUGGUUUUCGUUGCAGGACACAAAGUUCGCGAAGACCGGCUGUCAAAGCCCUUCUCGCUGGCCUGCAACCUGAUUUGCGUGCACUCCAAGAAGCACCUCACGAACCCGGAGCUGUCCCCCGAGGCGCGGCACACGAAGCAGCGAGAAAAUAUCGCGGCGAUGGCGGCGCUGCAGCAGCUCCUGGAGGAGGGCGGCAACGCGAUCUGGGUCGCUCCCAGCGGCGGCCGCGACCGCGAGGACGCCCGUGGGCUCUUUACCCGCCCCGACGCCUUCGACUCCAAGACACUGCAGAUGUUCAGAGUCCUCGCGAGGAAGGCCCGCCAGGCGGGACGGACCACGCACUUUUUCCCGAUGGCGCUCUUCACGGCGCCCAUCUGUCCGCCGCCAAAACAGGUGGAAAACGAACUUGGAGAGACGCGCAUGUGCGCCUUCAGCCCCGUAGGAUUGGCUGUCGGCGAGGCCCUCCCGAGCGACGACUCGCUGAGCCACGAGGACUUCGCCAAGCUCGCGGAAGAUGAAACAAGGCGCCUCUACGGUCUUAUCACUUUGCACAGCGAAGACACAAGCGCGUAG